UUCGUCCGAAUUUAUCAAAAUUUUGUUUGCAAAGUUCUAUUUUUUGUAUUUUUGGGUUCACCUUACUUAACCAUUCAGCUUUGAUUCAGGGUCCAAAUCGGUAUCUAUUUUGUUUACAUGCACCUGAACUGAACAGUGUUGAAUUAUGCACUGUUGCAAUGGGGUUUCUUUUGUUACUGACCACAGAUGCCAGAUUUAGAUCCAUGAUGGUGCCAUAACUGUCAUCGACAGAUGGCAUGGAUUGAAAAUUUUAAAUAUUUCCUCUGGUCUUAAUUAAAUGCGGUGAAAGAAACGUUUCUAUUAAUUAGGAGGUUUUUUUAAUAUAUUUUUGGUUUAACUGUUUGCCAAAGUUCCUGGUCUAGAUGGUUAUCUUUGAAUGGAAUUUGAUACUAAUCAGUGUGCUUCUUUCUGAUAUGCAUGUGGCUGUCGUCUCUAUUGGGUGUGGUCUUUAAAGAUUUAGAGAACUCGGGCUAUUUGUCAAAGCAUCUUGCAUCUAUAGAUGUUAUUACUUCUUUGACUUAGAUUCCAGUUAAGAGAGUAAUUUCUCUGGACACUGAUUAUGGAAUCCAACGGUCAUAGAAGAGUAAAGAAACAAGAUCAUCAUGUUAAAGAAAAUGGAAAUUCCCAUAUGCUUGAUGCUGAUGAAGAGCUUGAUCCUUGGACAGCUUGGGCAUACAAGCCUCGGACAAUCACAUUGUUACUUGUUGGUGCUUGCUUUCUUAUUUGGGCAAGUGGGGCACUUGAUCCAGAAAGAGAUGCAUCUGGUGAUAUUGUCACUUCCGUUAAAAGGGGUAUAUGGGCAAUGAUUGCUGUUUUUCUUGCUUAUUGCCUGCUUCAAGCUCCUUCGACGGUUCUUAUUAGGCCACAUCCUGCUAUUUGGCGCUUGGUGCAUGGGAUGGCUGUUGUUUACCUGGUUGCUCUCACAUUUUUGCUUUUUCAGACGCGUGACAAUGCUCGGCAGUUUAUGAAGUUUCUUCAUCCUGAUCUUGGCAUCGAACUUCCGGAAAGAUCUUAUGGCGCUGAUUGCCGCAUAUACCUACCUGAGAACCCUGCAAAUAAGUUUAAGAAUCUUUAUGAAACACUUUUUGAUGAGUUUGUUCUAGCUCAUAUUAUUGGCUGGUGGGGAAAGGCUAUAUUGAUUCGUAAUCAGCCUCUUCUUUGGGUGUUAUCGAUUGGUUUUGAGAUGAUGGAGCUUACUUUUCGUCACAUGUUACCGAAUUUCAACGAGUGCUGGUGGGAUAGUAUUAUUCUUGACAUAUUCAUCUGCAAUUGGUUCGGUAUUUGGGCUGGAAUGCAUACUGUGAGGUACUUUGAUGGGAAAACAUACAAGUGGGUUGGUCUGAGCCGCCAGCCUAAUAUUAUAGGAAAGGUGAAACGAACAUUGGGCCAGUUCACACCAGCGCACUGGGAUAAAGACGAGUGGCAUCCGUUGCUUGGUCCUUGGCGAUUUAUUCAAGUGCUUAGUCUUUGUAUUGUAUUUUUGACAGUAGAGCUCAACACAUUCUUUUUGAAGUUUUGUCUCUGGAUACCUCCUCGAAAUUCUGUAGUUAUAUAUAGGUUGAUUUUAUGGUGGCUGCUUGCAAUUCCAACAAUUCGUGAGUACAAUACAUACCUUCAAGACAGGUUCAUUCUCCAUCUCUCUUGUUCUCCCGGCCCAAUGAAGCCAGUCAAAAAGGUUGGAGCAUAUUGUUGGCUCUCUCUUGCUAUUUGCAUUGUUGAGCUUUUGAUUUGUAUCAAGUUUGGACAUGGUUUGUACCCGAAACCGAUGCCGAUAUGGCUGGUAAUAUUCUGGUCAUCUGUAGGCGUGGCCAUUGUUACAUUUCUACUAUUGUGGUCUUGGCAUCCCCACCUAAUUCUAGGGAAGAAGAGGCGAUAGAGUUUUUCUUCUUAUUUUUUUCCUGGUAUUUUUUGCUUGUGCACUAUUCUUUGAUUCCUUCUUGAUUUUUAUGGGUAUCCAUUUCCAUAAAUGGUGUAAAUACUAUUUAUCUACCUCAUAAUUGUAAAUGUCUAAGUGAUUAUUCUCCUAGGUUAGUAGGUCAUAGUUUCUUGGGGCAGCAAAUAUUAGGGUUCAUUUGAUAUGAUAGAGGAAUGAAUAUAGUGCUUAUGAGGCUUAUGAAUAGGUUUCCACCAUAUUUAGUGAAUUGGCCAAUCUCUGUUCCUUGGAAAUGAAUCAUUAUUCUUAAACUUGUAAUCACUCAUUUGAAUGAAAUUUUGAAUGGAGCCAUUUGUGUGCAUUUGAUUUAGUGUGACAUU